AUGGAGAGGGAGUGGAGAACAUUUGGGAAGGGAGUCAGAAGUGAACAAACAGCUAAGAUUGUAGGCUUGGAAGUCAUUGAAAGUUGUAGUACUGCUACUGAACCAGAUAGUGAAGCUGAGCUGCCUGUGGUGUUGAAUGAUGAGGAAGGUCCAAGUUCAGUUAAAAACAAGAAAAAGGGUAAAAGGGCUGGUCCUCCAGGGCCGAAUGGUCCUCAAGGCCCACCAGGACCUCCUGGACCCCAGGGUCCCCCAGGAAUCCCAGGGAUCCCUGGAAUUCCAGGCACAACUGUAAUGGGACCACCUGGCCCUCCUGGUCCUCCUGGCCCCCAGGGUCCACCUGGUCUGCAGGGCCCUUCAGGUGCCACAGACAAAGCAGGCUCCAGGGAGACACAGCCAGCUGUGGUUCAUCUCCAGGGCCAAGGGUCAGCGAUUCAAGUAAAGAAUGGUGGAGUGCUCAAUGACUGGUCUCGCAUCAUUAUGAACCCCAAGGUGUUUAAGCUGCAUGCACGCAGUGGGGAGCUGGAGGUACUGGUGGACGGCACAUACUUCAUCUAUAGUCAGGUAGAAGUAUACUACAUAAACUUCACAGAUUUUGCCAGCUAUGAGGUGGUAGUGGAUGAAAAGCCAUUCCUACAGUGCACCCGGAGCAUUGAGACAGGCAAGACCAACUUCAACACGUGUUACACAGCAGGGGUCUGCCUCCUCAAAGCCAGGCAGAAGGUUGUAGUGAAAAUGGUCCAUGCUGACAUCUCUAUCAACAUGAGCAAGCACACGACUUUCUUUGGGGCCAUACGGCUAGGAGAUGCACCAACAUCUUAAUUGAACUUGGCAUAUACCUGGAGUCUCCAGAACUACACAGUGCUGCUGUUCAUAAGAGUAUGAGUGGGUUCUAUAAUCCAGCCACAAAGAAAACUGAUUCAGCGCUCUUUGUUUAUGUGGAUACAAGAAGAGCAAGGUCACCUGUGAUUUUCAUGGAGGCUUCUAUUGGAAAGGUAGUGCAGAAAGCGUUGUGAGGAAGAAAGGCUAGAGGGUCCUUUCUUGUCUCCGUGUUUUAAGUGCUACUGCGCUGAUAUUCUGCGCUAUGGUCCUCAUCAAUGACAUUUGUCGUGAGAAUGAUAUGGGUCUCCUGCUUUUAUGUUGCACUAGCUGUAGCAUUCAUGGCAGUGACAGAAGGAGAAAAAAACAGACUUUCUGGUGAGUUGUUCUACCCAGGCCAGGGCUGGGCAAGAUGUGGCCAAGGGGCCAGAUCUGGCCGGCCUAACGCUUUGAUCCGGCCUGCAGACUGCAUCUAGUCACUUUCUAUUUAUAUCCUGCUGGCCAUGCCUCUGAAUUUCCAGGCUCAUGGCUAAUGGUCGCAGCACUACACUGCCAGAGGUUGAAGCCACGGGCCUUUUAAAUAGCCACAGUAAUCCCACGCGGCUGCCAGGCAACAUGGUAACAGUGGGGCUAGGAACCACGAGCCCUUUGCUGUGUUUUUAAUUCAAAGUCUCUGGCCCCAGACAGUUCUCUGCCUCUUCCUCCCCAGGCCUCACUCCAGUUCUCUGUCCCCAGUCCUUCUCCCCAGGAAGACAAGAUCCUCUGUCCCUAAUCCUUCCUCCCCAAUCCUCUGUCCCUAGCUCUGCCUCUUCCUCCACAGGUCCCACCCCUUCUGGGGGUGGAGCCAUCCUGUGACCAUAUAGCAAAAUUCAUUAAGUAGCCCCUGCAAAAGUUAUUGCUCACCGCCAAUCUAAGCACUCAUGCUCUGCUACUCCUGCACACUGAUCAGGGCAAAAAACGAGGGGUUUCUCCACCUAUGAGAGUCCAUGGUAUGUCUAAUCUACACCCCUUUUUUGAAAAAGGAGUGUAAAUUAGACAUAUCAAAAUUGUAAAUGAAGCUGGGAUUUGAAUUUCCUGCACUUCAUUUGAAUAAUGGCAACCGUGGCUUUUUUCGAAAAGCCACUUUUCAAAAAAAAAAAACCGCAGUCAAGAUGGGGAUCGUUCAGCAGAAAUGCCCUGCUUCUAAAGAUCCUGUAACACUCACUGUCUCUGGAGGGCAUCAUGUUAGGGUUGCAUUAACAGGUAUGUUGUGAGCAAGACACGAGAAAUCAUUCUUCUGCUCUACUCUGCGCUGGUUAGGUCUCACUUGGAGUAUUGUGUCCAGUUCUGGG